GUCCCCGCUUUCGUGCAGAGCUCAUCUUUCCCUGUUCUCUCUCUCUCUCUCUCUCUCUCUCUCUCUCUCCUUCUGCUCGCAGUCCACUAAAGCUGCCAUUGUGGAAAUCGAUAAUCCCAGCUACGGCGAAAACAAAAAAGAAAAGAAAACGGAGAGAGUUUAGAGAGAGAAAGCCGCUCUCCUCUCUUUCCCAACUCCGAGCAGAAAGCGAAAAAGGGAUACAACCCCAAAAUCAUGGCCUCCGUUGAAAGAUCGGUAUCUUUGUGACGCUAAAAAAUAAAGAGAAUAAAGCAGAGUGAAGACAACAAGAAGCCAUAUUCAACCCACUCAUUGCAAAUGUUACUAUUCUCUCGCGUGCUCGCGCCUUGAUUGGCCUCUCUGCAUGUUUUUGGCAUGUGGGGACUAUUUCUUUAAGAUAAAGUUGGGUUUUUGAUGGUGGGUUCUUGAGAUUGGAUGCUGGCAUGCUGUCUUCUCUUUGCAAAAUGAGAGCUUGAUGUGUUUUUGGAUGUGGGUCUUUUGAGUUGCACGCCAUUUUAGUGUUUUUCUUAGAAUGGAAGUGACUCCUGUUUCUCUUUGGCCUUGCUUCGAUUUGAAUUAAGUGUAGGAAGAACUCUUGAGAGCUGGCUAGGUGAAGAUAAGAUGACUUCUGCAGGUAAGUCAUCAGCAAUUCUAGAUGAAAUGAGGCUCUUGGAAGAGGUCCAGAGCGAUUCAGGUUCAAGAAAGGCGCUUAACUCUGAGCUGUGGCAUGCCUGCGCUGGCCCUCUCGUAUCGUUGCCGCAACCCGGGACCCUUGUGUAUUAUUUCCCUCAAGGGCACAGUGAGCAGGUGACAACUUCGACUAAAAAUAUUUCAAAUUCACACAUCCCUAACUAUCCAACACUCCCGUCUCAGUUGCUGUGUCAGGUUCAUAAUGUUACGUUACAUGCUGAUAGAGAUACUGACGAUAUCUACGCUCAAAUGACCCUCCAACCGGUGAAUUCAGAAGGUGGUGUCUUUCCAAUUCCAAAUUUCGGACAUGCAAUGAGCAAGCAGCCAAAUGAGUUCUUUUGUAAGAAUUUAACCGCAAGUGAUACAAGUACUCAUGGCGGUUUUUCCGUGCCUAGAAGGGCUGCAGAAAAGCUAUUUCCUCAAUUGGAUUAUUCAAUGCAAUCUCCAAAUCAAGAGCUCAUAGUUAGAGAUUUACAUGAUAACAUGUGGACAUUUCGUCAUAUAUACCGUGGACAGCCAAAGCGACAUCUUUUGACAACUGGUUGGAGUUUGUUUGUGGGCACCAAACGGCUUAAAGCUGGUGAUUCUGUUUUGUUCGUUAGGGACAAGAAGUCACAAUUGCGUUUGGGUAUUAGACGUUCGAAUCGUCAGCAAACUGCAUUGUCAUCAUCUGUGCUGUCUACCGAUAGUAUGCAUAUCGGUGUUCUUGCUGCUGCAGCUCAUGCUGCAGCUAGUCAGAGCCCAUUUACUAUUUACUAUAAUCCAAGAGCAUGUCCUUCAGAAUUCAUCAUUCCUUUGGCCAAGUACCAUAAAGUUGUAUAUUCUCAACUGUCAAUUGGAAUGAGAUUUGGGAUGAUGUUUGAAACAGAGGAAUCAACAAAACGAAGAUAUAUGGGCACAAUUGCAGGUAUUAGCGAUUUUGAUCCAUUAAGAUGGCCGAACUCAAAUUGGCGGAAUUUACAGGUAGAAUGGGAUGAACAAGGUUAUGGUGAGAAACCAGGAAGGGUAAGCCUAUGGGAAAUUGAGACUCCUGAAAAUUUUUUUGUUUACCCUACAGUGCCUACACCAAGUUUGAAGCGACAAUGUCUGCCUGGAUUUGGAGUUCCUGGGUUGGAAACUGGAUCUGGAAAUGUGAAAACCUUACCACGGGCUUUAGAAAGUGGAACUGGGAACAUCCAUUCAAUGCUUUCUGGUGUUGGUUCGGACCAACUCUUGAAGAUGCUUCAUUCAUCUCAAAGUCCAAGUCCGGAUAAUCAGUUGAGAUGCCAUCAAUCAAUUUAUGCAAGCAUUUUACAGAAAAUUGGAGGGAAUGGCAUUUCUAAACCCUUGUCCUCAUCACCAACAAUUAGUGCACUAAGAAGUCCAUUGCAUCAGGAACAGCUCCCUCUUGUACAGCAACAGAUUCUCUGUAGCGUGGAGCAGCCUGUAGUUCAUAUAGAAAGUGCACCUGAGACUAAUGUUGGGAAGCAAGAACAUCAACCAAUGGUAACUACUUUAUUAGAGAAAGCUUCUUUAGAGAAAGGUAAGGAGUAUAGGAGCAGGAACUUAGAGAGAAAUUGUGAUAGAUCAUUGUUGCAAGAAGUGGCUGAGAAUUCUGACGGAGCAAAGAAUGUUGUGACUGAACAAGAACUACAGACAAAGGACCGUGAAUCUCCAAAAACUAUUGAUCAAGAACUAGAGCCAAAGGACCAAGAAAAAGUACAUCUUUGCAAUCCUGACCCAACUUCUGCUCAAUUACCAGAUUUAGCAUCAGUAUAUUCAUUUGAUAAACAAAAUUCGUGCUGCCAAUCUUUUUCUGUCCCUUCAAAUGAACCUGAAUUGUUAUCUAGCCUUGGCAUCCAAGAUUCCUUGUUUUUAUUAGCGUCAGAUAUUUCUACCAGUCCUUCAGCUGAUAUAUCUUCCAUAGUGGAUUCAGAAGCACUUAUUCCCUUUGAGUCAUUUCAAUUCUCUUGCUUUUCAGAACCCCGUACCCCCAACCGUCUACCUUCGUACGUACCAGAAUUUUUCAGUGCCCAAGUAAUAAAUAACCCAGGUAACCGGGCAGCUGAUGAACGGGAGAAUGACUUGGAAAAAGUAACUAAUUCAUGUGGAAUGAGGGACUUGUCUGAUGAGAGUUUUAACCAAAGCGAAACUUUCAGCAACCUACUGUUUGAAGCUAGCAAUGGAAAUAUGAUAGGGAGGUCAUGUGUCUCAAGUACAAUAUUAGAAGGAUUCAGUGCGGUAAGAGAUUCUGGUUUUUGUGUUUCUUCAGAAGAUUUGUUUAGUAGCUUCACCUGCAAUCAAGAAUUGCAGUCUCAAGUUACUUCAUCGAAUCUAGCAGACUCUCAAUUUCUACCUCCACAAGAAAUUCCUGAGGGAUCAGGGGGUACUUCAUCUGCCAGAAUGGAUGUUAAUGAAAGAAACUUCCUUAAUAGAUGUUCAAUGAAACAAAUGGCUCUACAACCUUUACGAACAUAUACAAAGGUACAAAAAUCAGGAUCUGUUGGGAGGUCAAUUGAUGUGACGCGCUUUAAAGAUUACCAUGAACUAAGGUCUGCAAUAGCAUGCAUGUUUGGGCUUGAUGGGCAGCUGGAUGAUCAUAAAGGUUCAGAAUGGAAACUAGUUUACGUUGACUAUGAAAAUGAUGUUCUUCUUGUUGGAGAUGAUCCAUGGGAGGAUUUUGUCAAUUGUGUCCGGUGCAUCAGGAUCUUAUCGCUUUCUGAAGUACAGCAGAUGAGCGAAGAGGGGAUUCAACUUAUGAACAACUAUCUACCAUCAUCAUGCUCCUGAGAGUUCUUUUGCUUAUGCAAGCAAUACCUGAAUUCAUUUAGAACUAUCAAGAAAUAUUCUGAGAUCCCAGGCAUGGAAGCUUCAUCAUAUGAAUGGGAUCAUGCUGUUUUUUGUUAUCUUUGAUUUUCUAUAAAUAUUGUAUUAUUGAUUAGAUGUUUAAUGUUUCAGCCUGUCAUGUCUGUAAAUUUUAAAUCGAUCUGCGCUGCUGCUAUGUGUAUUAUUGAGUAUGUAGCCGA